GCGCCAGAUACGCGCCGCAUCCAUGGCUGCCGCGGGCUCCCGUCGGGUGGCGGAUGGCGGUGGUUCUGGGGGCACCUUCCAGCCCUACCUAGACUCCUUGCGGCAUGAGCUGCAGCAUAGGGACCCGACGCUGUUGUCAGUAGUGGUGGCGCUUCUCGCAGUGCUGCUGACGCUAGUGUUCUGGAAGUUCGUCCGGAGCAGAAGGAGCAGUCAGAGAGCUGUUCUUCUUGUUGGCCUUUGUGACUCCGGGAAAACAUUGCUGUUUGUCAGGUUGUUAACAGGCUUGUACAGAAACACUCAAACUUCCAUUACCGACAGCUCUGCUGUAUACAGAGUCAACAAUAACAGGGGCAAUAGCCUGACCUUGAUUGACCUCCCUGGCCAUGAGAGCUUGAGGCUUCAGUUCUUAGAGCGGUUUAAGACUUCGGCCAGGGCUGUUGUGUUUGUUGUGGAUAGUGCAGCAUUCCAGCGAGAGGUGAAAGAUGUGGCUGAGUUUCUGUAUCAAGUCCUCAUUGACAGUAUGGGUCUGAAGAACACACCAGCAUUCUUAAUAGCCUGCAAUAAGCAAGAUAUUGCAAUGGCAAAAUCAGCAAAGUUAAUUCAACAGCAGCUUGAGAAAGAACUCAACACCUUACGAGUUACCCGUUCUGCUGCCCCCAGCACACUGGAGAGUUCCAGCACUGUCCCUGCUCAACUGGGAAAGAAAGGCAAAGAAUUUGAAUUCUCACAGUUGCCCCUCAAAGUGGAGUUCCUGGAGUGUAGUGCCAAGGGUGGAAGAGGGGAUACUGGCCCUGCUGGCAUCCAGGAUGUGGAGAAAUGGCUGGCAAAAAUUGCCUGAGAGGCAGCUCCGUAGCACAAGAUGUGGAUGUGUGUGUGUGUGAUUGAUAGUGUUGCUAAAAGAGCUGUGGUAGUCUGGAGUCUAUAGAGAAGAGGUAUAAAGUGUGGUUAGAAACAUUGCCUUGUUCUGGAAACAAAUCAUUGCUGAAACAACUUGGAAUUUUUUUUUUUUUUUUAAGUUCAGUUCUUCCUUACGGCUCCCUUUCAAAACAAACCACUUUUAUUUGACUCUUGUAUCUUCUGUUUGUUAAGGUGUGUGUAGUGUCCCUCUAGUAUAUGGCUUGAUGUAGGGUCAAGGUCUUUGUGGCAUAACAAGCAGACUCCACAUUGAGAGGAUAUUACCAUGAGAAAAUGGUAUAAUCUGCAAAGUUUUCUUAUCUUCUGCUUCUGUGCUUUGGUUCCUUUUUCCUGGAAACAAACUUGCCUAUUUAUGAAACCAGUUGAUUUCCAGUUGCCCCUGAUGUUCACGGGCGAUACAUUGUUCAGUCUCAGAUCUGUAGGUACUAUUACAGUAUAGUUUCCUCACAUGUGAAGACAGGUACAACACAAGGCUGACUUGACAGUAGGUCUAUUUAUCAGUCAGUGAUGUGUCCAUACUCCAGCCUCAGCACUUAGAUUCAAAAGCUUGUGGUGAACCUUUGGAACCGUAUGACAACUGUAAAUGCUAAAUCUCCAAAUACCAAGGGUCUGCUGUUUUCUGGUGGUUAUACCGGGGGGCGGGGGGGGAGUAUAGGGAGAUUUUUGACACUGUUCUGUUUCUCUGGAUGGCUGAGGGCUCCUGGGCUAUCUUCAUGUACUGCUCCAUUGAUCAGCUCCUAUUUUGUACCCCUAGCUACUGUGCUGUGGAAGAAAUACAAAAUGAAAAAAGUUCUCUGUAGGUUUUGAAGUGCAUGUUCAUUGAUGCUAAAAACAAAACAGCAAAAAACCAGUCUGCCUUUUCAAAGUGAUGUUCUUUGCUAUCUUCUUAACAUCUGUUUUUUUUUAAAUUGCUUUUAUAAGUGAUUAGUACAGUUCUUGGUAAAUAAAACAACCUGUCUGGCUCAAAGCAAUUGAAUUGACAGUGUAGUGAGUACAAAUUUGGAUCCAGGCCUAACUCCAAGUUUCCUGAGCCUAAAGAUUGCAAUGUACACAGGAACAAACUUUUCUAUCCCUACUUCACACACUCAGGGACAAGCCCAACUAAAAUUUACAAGGAGACAAGGAGGCUGUGAAUAAGUGACAAGCCAAUCACAGAACAGUGUAGUAAGAGUCAGAAUAGGGGAGGUGCGGGGUACUCUGGGAGCAUGCAGCAGGGGCACCUAAUCUGGCCCUGAGGGAUCAGGGAGAAUCAAAAAAGAAAUGCGUGUGGCGGAUAACAUCUGAGUGGGCAUGGGUCCCAUGUAUGCUAAAGCUCAGGCCUCUGCUGUCUCAUGCAUCCUUUCCUGUGGGUCACUUAGGCUCUGAGAGUACAGAUCAUGUCAGACCAUUGCCUUUCCUGACAGAAAUACUCCAGACCCCCCCCCACCCCACCAUACAAGACUGUAUCGGUCUUGCUGGUGCACAGAUAAAUGCAUCAUGAAAUGGAGAAGUUGUUAGACCUUGAUGCUGUCAGUUAUUUGAAAGCUACAUUGCUGCUAGUGUUAUUUCUUAUAGACUAUUUCUUGCCCUUUUCCUUAUUAGCCAAGUAGUAGGAAGUACGUAAGAACAAUGAACCAGAAAUCAGAAAGGAACUAUGAAUGUGACAUGGUCACAUAAUCAUAGUAAGUGCUCAUGUGAAUAAAAAUCAGGCUUGACGCUUCUUUUAAGAG